GUCCUCAACAUCAUCGAGCCUGCCCAAACGCGGUACAUUCUGGCCGCAGAGGAUUUAGAGAACUUCCUGAAAGAAAAGUUUGGCGAAGGGAAUCCGGACUACGACUUUAAACAUGUAUGUGAUAGGUGGACCUUCGAAGCGCCUGAGAAAGUA